AUGGCAAAUGGUUCUCGGAACCACACAUGUGGAAACAAGGAAGCCAAUCAGGCGGGCGAUGAUAACGUCGAUUGUAGCUUCUUUGACGGGAGCGACUCCGAUGAUGAAUUGUUUUUCGCUGCCUGCGUUGAAGAGCGGCUGCUGAUGCCAUUCUCGUGCUUCACCGAGAAGGAUUUGCUGAGCGUCCUCGAUGCUCCCACAUCGCACGUCGGCCCUGUGUGCAUGAGUCCCGAAGACGCACCUCCAAAGGAGAUGCGACUGGAAGGUCCUGGGGUUCUGCGGGGCGUUCGUAUUCCCACACCAAAGCAGAAAAAGGAGACACGCAUAUGCCGGGGGAACCAAAACAGUAAGGUGAAAAAUGUUCCACCCGAAGCCAAAAGGAAGGAGAAAACAACCAAGUUGUCUACAUAUCAACCUCGACGUGUUCGUAUCAACAGAGCCAUGAAGUCUCUAACACAGGAUGACCUCCAAGACGAUGACGACUACCGUCGCUAG